AUGGAUAAGAACGCCCAAAUUGUCAUUAUCGGCGCGGGGUUAUUUGGCUUAUCCGUUGCCCGCCAGCUAGCCUUGGACGGCUACAAAAAUAUCAAGGUGCUUGAUCGACGAAUGCCACCGGUACCGGAUGGCUCCAGCACUGACAUCUCCCGCGUUGUGAGAUUCGACUACGCAGAUGAAGACUAUCACCGCAUUGCCCGCGAAGCUUACCUCAGGUGGCGUGAUGACCCCAAGUACAAGGGCAUCUUCUAUCAAACCAACUACAUCUUGGCAGGCUCGCCGAAGCCUGGAGACGAGUCAUGGAUGGACAAAACCACUGCUCAGUUGACGAAGCAUCAGUUGCCAUGGUCGAUUCUCAAGGACGCCGAGACUGCCAGAAGCAUCUACCCAACCCUGACAGGUACCCUUACAGGGCCUAACUUCUCUGCAUAUCACCACAACCAAGCCGGCUGGGCGGAUGCAAGCAAGGCCAUUACUCAACUUCGUGAUGAGUGUCUCGAGCUCGGGAUCUCUUUCAUUUGCGGUCCGGCAGGCACAGUGGUGGGUUUCAAGACUGAUGCUCACAACACCAUCACCGCCGUUCGCACUCUUGCCGGGCCUCAGUCGUCAGUCAAAGGCGAUCGCUUCAUCUUGACCGCAGGCGCUUGGGGCUCUGGACUUGUGCCUAUGUACAACUCGACACUAUCCACGGCCCAAGUCUUGGCAUAUCUUCCGUUGACAGAUGAGGAGAUGGUCAAGUAUCGUGACCUUCCGAUUUACAUCAACUACACGACUGGCUGGUUCAACUUCCCUCCGCACGAGGACACCAAAACGUUGAAGAUGGCGGUCCAUGGCUGGGGAUAUACGCGAGCACCAGGCGACGACGACCGAAAGCUGACUCCGAAUGCUUCGUCUCCUCCGCUUGUGUCAAAGGAGCGACCACAUUUUGCCCCGGCAGAUGGUGAGGACAGGAUGCGAGGAGGACUUCGAGAGAUAGUUCCUGAGCUGGCGGAUCGACCAUUCAGCAAAGUCGCUAUGUGCUGGUACACGGAUACCCCAACAGGGGAUUUCAUCAUGGAUGAUCAUCCCGACUAUAAGAACCUCUUCAUUGGCGGGGCUGGAUGUGGCCAGUAA